CAUCCAAUGCAAAGCGCCGCAGAUGGUCAAAGCUGCAGUUGUCCCAGUUUAUCAUUUAAAAAGGGGCACGAUUGCAUUUCAUAUAUUUAAGAUAUCCAAAAGAAGAAGAAAAGUUGAUUUUAACUACGGCGUGUGGCCUGUUUUAGCCACUAACGUAGUUCAAUACAGUUUUGAUGGGGUUGUUUUAACUGUUUAUCAAGCUUUUAAGAUUACAUCUGACUGAUAUUUAUGGUUACCAUGAAGGGACGACAGAAGAGCAGCGGGACGAGCUGGCUGUUGUGUCCGCUGCUUGGUGCGUGUCUCUGGGCUGCAGUGGUCGCUUACAAACCGGUGGUGAUCGUACACGGUUUAUUCGACAGUUCAGGGGAUUUCAAGAAUUUACAGCGCUUCAUCAACGCGUCUCAUCCAGGGACAAAUGUGACGGUGAUCGACUUGUUCGACCGCAGCGCGAGUCUGGAGCCGAUGUGGAAACAGGUGGAAGGAUUCAAAGCAGCCAUUUAUCCCAUAAUGCAAAACGCAGCCGACGGAGUGCACUUCAUCUGCUACUCUCAAGGAGGCCUGGUCUGUCGCGGGAUCCUGUCCACAUUGCCAGAUCACAAUGUCCAAUCCUUCAUCUCUCUGUCAUCUCCCCAGGCCGGACAGUACGGAGACACAGACUACCUGAAGUACCUGUUCCCUCAGUUUGUGAAGUCAAACCUGUAUCACCUCUGUUACACAGGCUUUGGACAAAGGAUCUCCAUCUGUAACUAUUGGAAUGACCCUCACCACAGAGACUUGUACGUGAACAGCAGCGAUUACUUGGCUUUGCUCAACAGUGAGAGGCCCAAUCCAAAUGCAACAGACUGGAAAAAUAACUUCCUGAAAAUUAAGAAGCUGGUUCUGAUUGGAGGACCAGACGAUGGGGUCAUCACUCCCUGGCAAUCAAGUCAGUUUGGUUUCUACGACGAUAACGAGACGGUGGUAGAAAUGCAGCACCAAGAUGUGUAUCUGAAAGACGUUUUUGGCCUGAAGACUCUUGGUUCCCGUGGCGACCUCAUCAUCUGCUCUGUGCCUGGAGUUGAACACGUUUGGUGGCAUUCAAAUGAGACGGUUUUCCACACCUGCAUCGAGAAGUGGCUUGACUGAACAAUACACAAUCUAUGGAUUUACUACAGCAAAGGCAGCAGCAAUGUAGUCUAUAUAAGGACAGUGUUUUAAUCCAUUCUAUUUGUUUUUUUUUGUUGUUGUUUUUUUUUUUUUUUUUACAUUUUUAGAUAUUUAUUGUAAAACUGUCAGAGCUACAACUCAAACAUAUUUUUUAGCAGCAAGGUUUGAGGGAAAGAACAUCCAUGCCUUAUUUUUAUCAUCUUGAAAAAGCACAAAUAGUUGAAGUCUAAUCGGGCAAGUGCAACACACAAAUAUUAUGGCAUCUGUAGGAAGGAAAGUAAAUAAGGAAGUAAAUGGUAACAAACAACAACAUUUAAAUUAAACUAUAUUCACCUCAACUAUGUUAACUGUAUUGUAGAGACUAUAACUGGCAUAUCUUUUUGUUUUUAAUUUGUGGAAAAUAUCUGUUUAGACCUGUUACAGAUUAAUAGUGGCAAAAGUGAGUUAUUUGCGUGCCUGAAGGAGAUCCAAAAUUUUUACUUUUCAAUAAUAUUUUUUUCAUAAGUACUUUUUAAUUGCCAAUUGAUUUUUCAGUAUUCCCAUUAACACACAGCUUUGGUCUUAUAAAGAGCAUCACAGGUAAAUAUUAUUUUCCAUGUAAUUGGAUUUUAAACACCAGUGGAUUUAUUUUCAAAUAGAUUUCUAUAUUUUAAUUAUAGUGUUCAGUGUCUCUCGUCAAAGUACCUCAGAUCUCCAUAACCCCUCAGUGCCUGAUGUUUCUGAAUUUGUCUAAUUACAUGUACAGAAUAGACAUAAUAUUACAUGUUACAUGCAUAUUUAAAACCAGUGGAACAAUGGAAGAAACUGUAUCUAAUUGAUGCAGUAGUUUUUAGAUUGCCGCCUUUAAAAAAGCACAUCUACCUUUUAGUGUCAUAUUUUUAUAUUUUCUGUAUAGUGCUUUGGGGGUAUAUCAUCCAGCUACCUGUAUAUCAGUAGAAUCAGCCUUACAUUUCCCCUUAUGUGUCCCAGACAGAAGUGCUCCGAUCGCUGCCUUCAACUGGUCAAGGAUCAUUGUUUACUUUUCUAUCCAUUUUGAUGUUUUCCUCUUGUCAAAUGUCCGGACUUGAAGCGGAUUUGGGUUCUUCUAAAUGUUUUAUUUGUACCUUAUAUAUCUUCUCAAAGUUUUUUGUUUUGUUAAUGAUGACGUGUUUUGCACAUUGUACCGGCACAUAAGAAGGGAAAAGACAGACAGUUUUGACAGAUUUUUUUAAUGCUUGUAACAUAGUUGUGUUUGCAUAUAAGUCUUGUGACUCAAAGGGAUAACUUUUCCAAUAACAAAUUAACAAGCUUUAUAAAACUCAAACAGAAACUAUUUUGCUACAAUUUCUGUACAAUUGUACCAUUUCUACAAUACAAGCAGUUACGGUGUCAAAUUUGUCAAAUCCUCAGUAAACGACAGUUUUGAUCAUCACA